AUGAAUAAGCAAGAAAUAGAUUUCAUCAACAAAGCGCAUGAGAAGUUUUCUUAAUUUAUUUCGGAUCACUAAAUUCUAGACGAAUAAAUAAGGGCUAUAGAAUUAAGAUAAUUAUAUAAUAGACAUUUGCAAGUAGAAAGUUAUGAGAAAGAAAUAUAAAAAAUAAAUGAAUAAAACGAAAAAGAAAUGUAAGAGUUAGAAAAACAAAAAAAGGAAUUAAACAUCAAGAAAUAACAAUUAGUACCAAUCUAUGAAGUUAUUCGCGAUUAAAAAUUUCCUUAUGAUUUAGGCAUCUUUUUUGAAGUUCCUGAUGACUUAUGA